AGUCCUAUCUUCUAUGGUAAACAUAAAAGUGGAAUUGUAAAUAAGAAAAUCUCAUAUUUUUGUCAAAAAAGAAAUAGUGUAAAUUCUAUAAUCUUAGCGUUAUUUUUACGUUUACAUUUAAACUCACAAUGGAUGUAUUUUUAAUGAUUAGGCGAAAAAAAAUGACGAUAUUUACUGAUGCGAAAGAUGAUACUACCGUCUUAGAACUCAAAAAAAUGAUUGAAGGUAUUUUGAAAGUAUCACCAUCAAAUCAGCAAUUAUUUAACAAAGAUAAUCUUCAAAUGUGUGACAACAAGACUUUACAAGAUUAUGGAUUGACAUCAUUAACUGCAAAAGCUCAAAAUCCUGCAUUAGUGGGUUUAGCUCUGCGCCAACCAGAUGGCCAAUUUGAACCAUUAGAAAUGACACCGUUUUCACUACCACCCGAUCUUCCAGAUGUUAUGAAGUCUCAAGAAAAUAAUGGACAAGAACAAUCUCCUUGAAAUAAUAGUAUUGUAUGAAAUUAAUAAACUUUUGUGUUUAAUUCAAUUGGAAAAUUGUCAAAAAAGCUCUGAAUGAUAAGAAGAGAAAUUCUAUGUGAAUAUUAAAACAAAAACUGAUAUUAUAAAAAAUGUGUGAAUAUAGUAUGUAGUAUGUACUAUAUUUACUUACUAGUGUAUACAUAUAUACAUGUACACAUACUUUUUACACAGAGAAAAUAUUCAGAGCAAUAGAAUUUCGAUAUAUAAAUGUAGUCAUAUAAAUCUUUUAUUCUGUAUGAUAAAGUAUUACCCUACACUUAAUUAUUGACUCAAAAGUGAUAAUAAACUCUAAAAACUCUCAUACAUUACAUCUUUACAAAUAUAUAUGAAUUAAAUGUGUGGUUUAUUACUCAUAGAGAAUGCAUAUAAAUACACCUCAACUUGUAUAUAACUCAUGUAUGAAUGGAUAAUUUUUCUCAAAUUAUAGUGUUUUUUUUCUUUUUUUUCCUCUACGAUUUAAUUUUCCUUCAUUAAAUAUAAAAACACAAACAUACUUUAAAAAUGACAUUAAUAAAUGAGAUAUUAAUGACCCAUCUACUACUAUAACAUAAUAUAUAUGUACAACAAACAAAUAGUUGAUAUACAUAUGCACAUAUAUUUGUAGUAUAAAAUCUGUAUUGCAAGAAAACUUAAAUAUAUAAAGACUUUUUUAACUUAUAAGCUUUAGUUAUGUAGAGAUACAAUGCUAUUUCUAAACUAAAAAAUACAAUAAAUAUAAAAUAUAUACAUAUAAUUAAGUACUCUAAUUUUUAUAAUAAUCUAUCAACAUCUACAUUGGGUAAGUUCCACUUGCCUGUCGCAAAGCUCGUGAGCGUUACCCUAUCUUUGUUUAACUUUUGAUAAAAAAACAAGGAUGAAAUGAUUCCAUGAGCGUUGCAAAUGGCAAGUAGAACUCACUCAUUAUAUCUUAUUACUCAAACAAAAAAUUUUUUAAGUGCUAAGUAUAUGUGCUACUCAUAUAUGUUUUUAAAUAAAAAAACAAAUUUUCCAA